UGGGCGGUAGUUGCGUUAGCGGCCGUCAGGGGGACGGUCGGUCUGAAUAUUUUUGAGCAAAAAAUUAUCUAAAUAAAAUUCGAAAGGCGCCAUAGUGACUGGGUUCAAGGUAAGCGGAGGAUGUCGGAGUAAUUUCGGAUGGUGUGGGGUGUGCUUUGAGAAGGGAACCCGGUGUUAUUAGUGGUGUUUUGAUCCCGUGUUUGAAAAAGAGGGCGGCGGUGGUGGUGGUGGUGACCCUCGCCCCUCUAACUCUUUCCACCCAAAAACGAAAAACAGGAAAAUGAAAGCAGUCGACGAUUAAUCGAAUUUGAGAGAGUCUUAAGGUCGCGUCGGGCCGCACCAGUGUUGGAUCAGUUCUCUCCGCUAUUUAUGUCUCCAAAGGAACAUGAGCAUCAGAGAGGGUAAAGCCGGGAGGCGGAGUGAUUCUGUCUGGUCGCACUUUACCAAAAGAUGGACUGAUGAGAAACAUUAUGUCGUGAUUUGUGUUCACUGUAAGCAAAGGGUUAGUGCGAAAGUUGACCGGCUGAGGAGACACUUGAGGAAGUGCGUUCCGUGUUACCAUAUCGCAAAACCCGAUAUUGAGGGGAUGGAGGAAUCCCCAUUGGCCAGUACAAGCUGUAGCGAUCCUCAGUCAAUAGCCACUGAGUGUCCUCCCUCACACCUACCCAAUGUAGAUGCUUCGUCCUCUGGGCUUUCUCCGUCGUGGAAACUGGAGAACGUUCUUGUUGAUAGUAAGGAUUCACCACACUCCCCGUCCGCAAUGGCGAACCAACAAUACUGCCUCAAGUGGAACAACCACCAGUCAAACCUCCUGCGAGCCUUUGACCGCCUGCUGCAGUCAGAGUCCUUCACAGAUGUUACCUUGGCCUGUGAGGGCAAGUCACUCAGAGCACACAAGGUGGUGUUGUCAGCAUGCAGCAGUUACUUCGAGCAAUUAUUUGAGGAGCAUCCAGACAAGUCCCCGAUCAUUAUCUUGAAGGAUAUGAAGUUCACCCACGUGUCUCAGCUGGUCAACUUCAUGUAUCGUGGAGAAAUAAACAUAACUCAGGACAUGUUAUCUGGUCUGCUGAAAACUGCAGAAACCCUAAAAGUGAAAGGCUUGGCAGAAGUGUCGGGCGACCAGCCAGUGGCAGCACAGGUCGCCAACCCAAUUCCGCCCAUCUUACGGCUUGGAGUUGUCCCCCAUGUCCCCCGUUCUCAAGAAAUGUUACAACAUUCCCGGCAGGCUACACUCCCCCAAAUGGUGGUGCCGCCCAACAGCUCUCCACUGACCACUGCCCUAAACGCCCCCAUGGUUACGCCUAAUGCAGUCACCCCUCUCUCUGCACUGCUCAACCCAUAUGCUAUCGGCCUCGAUGAACGUCGAGUGAACCUCCUGAAGCGCAUGAGCCAGGAACACGAGUGUCCCGAUGUUGGAAACGGAGGAGGCAGCAGCAGCGGAGGAGGCGGCGGCAUUGCAGGAAGCCACGAGCCGCCGUUAAAGAUGGCCCGCCACGAACAGGAAGAGCAAGAGUCUUCCCAGAUCCCUCAUGGUUCCAUUUUUGUGAACACCCCUGACAAAAUUUCAGCCAAUUCCAUGCAGAAUGUUCUUACGCCCAUACCACACGAGCUGACCGUUAACGCACGGCAAGAACUGCCUGACUUCUUGAAAUCAUUCACCAUCUUUAAACUGAACGACUAUUUGGGAUUCCGGACCCGGCAGCAGUUUUGGGAAGAGUCCUCCGUCCGUCGCAUUCUUGAAGGAAUCAAGAACAAAGAGAUAGACAUGAAGAGCGCUGCUGAGCUCCUGGGGGUGUCUUAUGGAACUCUGUAUGGACGAUAUCGUGAGGUGUUUGGCUAUCUCAAACAUGCGUGGGUCAACAAGCAAGGACGUAGUGGAAACUCGGCACAAAAGGAACGCUCCAUAUGGGAAGAAUCACGAGCCCAGGAACUGAUCCAGCGCGUUCUGAAUAAAGAACUCUCACUUACGGCAGCAGCAGUCAGACUCGGCGUGGACACCAACACCUUCUUCGCUCACCUCACUGACAACGGGAAGAACAAGAGUCGUGUGGCACUUCUCCUCGGCACAGACCCAAACAACUCUGACAGCUCCUUCAACAUGAAUGUAACAACUAACCACAGUGAAGAUUCAAAUUCUGCCAAUGCAUCCUCGGUUGAUCUUGUUGGCGAAGACUCCAACCCACCCGACAAUGGCGGUGGACAAGCUAGCGACGACAGUAACAUGGAGACAUUGGUGGUGAACGCACGAGUCGAGACCGAGGUCAACGGGGAGAAGGAAGAUAACGAAGAGCCCGAAAUUAUUGAUGACACCAAUAACGAGACAAGAUCCUCGGAACAACAAAUUCUGGGAUUGCAGGAAAUGAGUACAGAUGAAACCGUAGAAGGCCAGGUGGCAGAAGAACAGCAGGAGACUUCGCAACAAUCUAUGGAAACCUUCCAGUCUAUAGUUGAGGAUGAUUCCAACAAUUUAUAUGCUGAUGCCUCCUAGAUUAUACACUUGAGCAUUUUAUCUUCUGACUCGAAGUAUCCUGGCACAAAUAUCUUUUAAUAGUUUCUCUUGAUUUAAAAGUAUUUUAUGUGUGAGCUUUAAGGUCAAAUUAUGGUUAUAGAGCAAGUGUACAGCUCAACAGUUUCAAACUUACAUUGUGUUGGAUGGAGUGUUAAGUAGCUUCCUCGCCAUCGCGUAUAAAGAUGUGUAAAGCAGAGGGCUAUUGGACUUCCGUGUUGGAAUUUUGCAUGACAAAAAUGUAAGGCAUUUUCAUAACCAAACGUGAUAACUGAAGAAAUGGGGACGAAGUGUGGGACGUGAUCAAAAGUGAGUGUUUUUGAUUAGGUGUAUUGCUACUAGUUUGUUGAGUGUUUCUUGAAGUGUUUGAUUGUUGGCAAGUAAUUUAGAAUAGAUUAAUGCAAAGUUUAUGUAUUGAUUUUUUAAGGUUGGGCUCAAAAUGUGACAAGAUGAAGCUCAGAGGCAUUAUCCUCACGCCAUAGAGUUUGUUAUGGUACAAGUAAUGGUACAAGGCUAGGAGACUCCUGAAGGGAUUUUAUGUUUUUAUCUAUUAGAACUUCAGUAGUUUUACAUCAGAACUUACUAGAAAACUUGGUCCUGUGGUCCUAUCUCUUAGCAACUUAUGAAUUGGUGGACGACACAAGUGUACGUACAGUCAGGCCCAAAGCAUUGUCUUACUUACGGGGGUAAUUCAGUGUGAACAAGUGUUGGAGUGCCAUGAUUUUCAUUAACAGGUCAUAGUGUAUAAGAUGAUGGUCACUGGAAGUUGUGCAAUUCAGUAGCAGAGUGAUGAUGCUCUGAAAGACUUGUGGAAUGACUCACAGUAUUUGACCUGGUAUUCUGUAAUCAUGUUACGUGCAUUCUCAAGGUUUUGUUAUUUUAUUGGACCCUCGUAUAAGAUGUGACUGGGGCUCUCUUUGGAGUCUUCACGUACUAAGGAAAGUAUUUCAUGACACAACAAUUAGCAACUUCUAUAUUUUGUGCUUAUUUCCAUAAAGUCUGCAUUUGACGUGAUGCUGCUAGCAUUGAGCAGCUAAUGCAACAUGCCUUUGACAAGUAGGUCAAAGAUUGUGGCAAUUUUAACUUAAUAUACGAACCCCAAAGAUUUGCCUAAAGGAUGGAUGUCCUAACGGGCCAUGUAAUGGUUCGUGCCUUAUGUAAGGAAGCCAAUUAUUAUAUUAACAGAAAGAUUUUUAUACCAGUGUUUACUAUUGCUGGUAACUAUAAUAGGAUAUUUUUCAAACUUGUAGAAUGUAAAAUAUAAUGUGGUAGAUAGAUAGCCAACCAGAGAGAGAGAAAAGCAACUAUGGAUGAUGUGUCUUGUUUUAUUAGUACUUUACUGUAGUGUUUAAUAGUAUCCUUAAUGGUUCUUUGCUGUUCAAAGGUUUAAACAUAUCUAUACCCAUCCAAAUUUUUCUUGAAAAUGAUGUUUGUUCUAAUACAAUUGGCAGAACUGCAAAUACUGAUAUUUAUUCAAUUUAACUAGCACAUCUGCUAUUAAUAUUGUUUUAAUUAAUAGGCAGGACUGCUAUUAAUGAUGUUUAAUCUAUUUGAUUGGCAGUACUGCUUUUAAGCUUGACCUCUUUAUUUUUCCAGUGUUAAGUGGGACUAAAUCAUGUUACACAAGUUGACUGAACCUGUACUUUUUUUGUACCGUAUAUUAAUUUAUUCUUUGAGAACUGCCAUCAUGUUACUGCAGGUUCUCCAUGUUUUAAAACACACACACACACAAAGUAUGGAAAGAUGUCAGUGGGGGCAAAUACCAGCAGCUACUACCAUGGCCGGAGUUGUCUUGUUAUAUAAAGUACAGUAAUCACCAUGGUACACGUAGCAUAAUUUGUAAUUACUGAACUUACCAUAUGUUGUCCUGAAUAGCAUAUUUUUAUUGGGAAUUAAGUGUUUUACUGAUCCCAUAGUUUAAGACUUAUUAUCAAGCAUGGGUUUGCAUGUAUGGUGCACUGUGUUUGUAGUUGUGCAUUCAUAUUUGUUGUUUAUAUGUUGACUUGUAUUGAUUGUUACCACUUUGCUACUUCAGCUCAUGAGACCAAGGAAUCCUUUUUAAUUCUUCACUUUUGUAGGAAUUUUGCUGCUGCAUCACAAGCUGACAGUGUAGCUCACAUUCCAAGCAAGAGGGGUAUAAAUGCACUCAUUUGGAUCAUGUCUUAACAUUGGUCAUGGGGAAAAUUUCCCAUCAAUAGAUACUUUCCAAAGACAAACAAACUGUAACAAGGCUAAUGUGAGAUAUUUGGCAGACCAGAUGCAUAAUGCUGAAGCUCUACUGAUCAGUUAGUUGAUAGGAUAUAAGGAGUCUUAUUCUACUUGGUAUCUUUUAACUGUAACUAACUAACAGUUCAGUAAUAGGUGUUAUUAUUUAAAGCUGGUCUUAAAGGUUCUGUGUGGUUUCAAAACUCCUGUUCACAAUUCAUGUUCCUGUUUAAUGAGUAAAAUUAAGAACUUAUUUUUGCACUCACAUAUGGAGGUGUAUGUGUGUGUGUAUGAGUAUCUCCAUGCCUGGUUCACGAUCUGUACGCGUGUGCACACACGAUCACUUAUGCAAAAGGCGACGCCUCGUCUUGUGCCACACACAAAUGAACUUAUAAAUUUAAACAAACAGCAUUUCUUUAUUCCAAAGAAAUCAAAAAGGUGUAAAAAUUAAUGUGUAUUGCCCCUUAUUGAUUUUCAUUUUUAUGUAGAUUUUAUUAUUUGGUUUAAUUGCUCAUUAUGAAUAGCUUGUUUGAUGUUAGACAUAUUCUUUGGAGCAGAUUUAUUGUCAAUAGUUAUUGGUAUGCUCUGAACGUGUGAUGCUUUGCCAGUUAAAUAACAAAUAACCAGCACACAGGAGUUGGCAACCGUGUGUUAGCUUGCGUUGGAUUAUUUUGCAUUAGAGAUUUUUUUAUUAUUAUUAUUGUAUGUUAGAAGAUUGUAUACAGAUAUCCAGACAGCUAAGUGAGAGCUUAUAGAUGGCUAGUCCACUGUGACGUAGACAAAGAGAAUUGUUCGGUGAAUCAAGCUCGUUUGAGGUGUUAGUGUAUAGUGUUGGGUGGUGUACUGGGUAUAAGACAUGUACAAGUCCACUAGAAUGAUUGGGUAGAAUAUUUUUUUUUCUUUUUUUUUUCUUUUUCUUUUUUUUUGUCCCAAUGAUCAUUUAACUCUGUACUUCUUUGUAGGAUAUAGUUAAUGUUUGCAAUUGUUUUGUAUCCAGACUUUUCUCUCCCAUGUUGAAAGGUUCGUUGUGAUGCCUGGUACGUACAAAUGGAAACAAAUAAAUUUAUCUCGGUAUUUGAACAUGUUUUUAGUGUUGUCGAUCAGUUUCCAACAUUCGAUUUUGUUUUUCAUGUGUGAGUUAUGUAUUAAGGUAAUUUAGUGACAGGUAAAAUUACACAAUGUUCUGUUUUGUGAAUUGGUUACUAUUGAAUUACCUUAUGUAAGUUAGUAGUUAUAAUCCA